AAUUUUAGUCUUGAGGCUGAGAAAAGAGUAUGGAAAUAUUAGAGGUGGCGGUUGAGGGCGUGAAGUGCAGGCGCUGUUGCGAAAAGAUCGAGGAUGUCGUCAAGCUGGUGAACGGCGUGGAUAGCGUGCAGAUGGACCUUGCUCGAAAGCGUGCCACGGUGUACGGAAAGGCAAGAUUGGAGGAAGUUAGGUCGGCCGUGGAAAGUUUAGGUUAUAAAGUGCUCUCGUUAGAAGUGAGGGACGCAGAAGGAUAUAGAGUGGACCUGGGGCGGUAUUCACCAGAAAGACUGGGCGACGGCGUGGCGAACGAGGGCAUAGAGUUGAGAGACAUUUCUAUUUUUAGAGAGGAUGGUUCUUCGCCUUCAAAAGUUGACUAUGUGGUCUUCAAUGUGAGGGGCAUGACGUGCAAGUCGUGCGCGAGCAAGAUAGAAGAGCAUUUGAGGGGGCUGUCUGGAGUCGUGUCCGUCCACGUUGGGUUUUUGGUGAACCAAGUUGAGGUUCGGUACGUGACACAUUUGCAGACGCCUGAAAACAUACGGUUCGAACUGGUCAAAUUGGGGUAUCCGGCUAAGGUGUUGGUCACGAGGAGAGACGUGCUGUUGCUGAGUGUUUGGUCCGGCAGCUUGGAGGUUGCGGGGGAUGAGUUGAAGAGAGACUUGUGCGAGAAGAAAGGAAUCAAAGAAGUCAAAAUAGAAGAGGAGAACAGAAUUCGAGUGGUGUACGACUCCAUGCACAUUGGCGCGCGCGACAUUCUCUCCAUUGUGUCAGGGGAGUACAAGCUGGGUACCACGCUCGCGGACGAACGAGAAAGUCCUGUCGCCGAACAAGAACUCGCCAUGUACAAAAAAAAGAUGGUACAAUGUGCUAUUUUUGGUGGAUUGGUGACGUUGUUGAUGGGGUUAAUGUGGUUCCCUGAAGUCGCGGAGGCGCUGAUGAAGCCGCGCGUUUACGUCUUGUCUAUUGAAGACUUGGUCAUGUUCACGUGCGCGACUGUGAUUCAGUUUUGGGUGGCGGACCACUUUUACGUGUCUAGUUGGACGGCGUUGAAGAACAAGAGGUCCAACAUGAACAUGCUGAUAUUGCUGGCGACGCUGUGCGCGUACUUCUAUUCCUUCUUCGUGAUGCUGUCCUACUUGUUCAACCCGUCGUCCGGGGAGCAUCCUGAGACCUUUUUCGACGUGCCGGGCAUGAUGAUUCCCAUCGUGUUGACGGGGAGGUAUUUGGAGUGCGUCGCGAAGGGAAAACUCAGCAAAACCAUCCGCAGUCUGUCCAAGACGAAUCAAGAGACUUACCUGCUGACGACUGGCGAGUUUCGAAACGGAAGGUUCGUUGAAGCGGGACCGGACCGAGUCAUCGACUCGCGCUUGAUACAGAGAGGAGACGUCAUCAGAAUUCUGCGAGGGAACGUAAUACCGGUGGAUGGAGAAAUCGUCGACGGGGAGUCCACCAUCAACGAGAGCGUGCUUACGGGAGAGUCAAUUCCUGUAGUGAAAAGCGUCGGUGACGAUGUGUACGCACAAACGACCAAUGAAGAAGACACAAUUUUGGUCCGAGCUGUCAGUGUGGGCAACAACACACAAGCUGCGCAAAUUAUGCAAUACAUGAGAGACACUCAAGGCGAAAAGGCCGCGAUCGAAAGGUUUGCCGACACCGUCGCGGAGUAUAUGAUACCAACUGUUUUGGCUCUGUCUGCCAUCGCGUUCGUAGUGUGGUUCCUGUUGGGCGCGUUCCAUGUAUUUGUUCCCCCCAACAACACCACCUCGUUCCAGUUCGCUCUGCUUCGCGCCAUUUCGGUUCUGGUCAUCACCUGUCCGUGCGCGUUCGGCCUGGCGACGCCCACCGCCGUCGCUGUAGGCACCGACGUAGGCGCCAAGCUCGGCAUCAUCUUCAAGGGCGGGCGCUACCUGGAAACGGCGCACCGACUCACCUCCAUAUGCUUCGACAAAACGGGCACACUCACCUUGGGAACUCUCCACGUCGCCCUGUACGAACUGUUCGAUCUCGAAAAGUAUUUUCCGACUCUGGAUCCUCAGAUGUUCCACCAACUCGUCCGCACCGCGGAGUCAAACGUAAAACACCCCAUAUCCAAGGCCAUCAUUCACUACCUCUCCACGCAAAUAUUCGUACAACCCGCGCCCGGCUCGCGAGAACCAAACGCGUCUUUCCAACCAAAACACCUCUCAAACGUCGUCGUACUCGACGGACUGGGCAUCAAGUGUCUCGCUCUCGGCCAAUACGAAAUGGCCAUCGGCAACCGACGACUCAUGAACGAGCUCAAGUGUCACCUCCCCGAUUCAGUCCAGCUCAGACUGCUCGUCCUAGAACAGCAAAUGACGUGCGUCCUGGUCUCUCUAAACCGAGUCGUUGUCGCCAUCUUCGGUCUGACCAACCGCCUUCGUCCCGACGCCUCCUUUGUCGUCCACGCACUCUCCAAGCAAGGAAUCGACGUCUGGCUCCUCUCCGGAGACACCAACUUCGUAGUCGACGUGGCCGCAAAACAAGUCGGCAUCCAAAACGUCCUUUCGUCCGCUCUUCCAAUCGACAAGGCCGAAAAAAUAAAAGAAAUCCAGACCUCUCGCGGCCGCUCUGUCGUCGGCAUGGUAGGCGACGGCGUCAACGACCUUCCCGCACUCCAAGCAGCGGACAUCGGGAUCAUCAUCGGCGCCGGACAAAACACGAACAUGUCCACGGAAGCCGUAAAUAUCGCCCUUCUCAAAAACAAUCUGGUCGACCUCUUAACGGCUAUGGACCUGUCAAAAAAAACGUUUCAAAAAAUUCAAUUCAACUACAUCUGGGCAAUGGGAUACAACUUGGUCGAGAUCCCACUCGCUGCCGGUGUCUUUUAUCCCCUGGGUAUCACGCUAUCCCCAAUCCUGGCCGGAAUCUUCAUGGCGCUCUCGAGUCUCUCCGUCAUCUUCUCCUCUCUGACACUCCACUGGUACAAAAAAACGGAUCAAGUCGUUCAAAUCGAAAGGAUCGUCUCUCAAACGCUCUCCUCCAGUCGCUCGAUGCCUUGAUGUCCACGUCAACCCCCUCUCCAACGCGCGGAAGCCACAAGGUGAACUCAAAAAUAAGCGGCAUGAUUCUCUCAAUUGUAAUGCGAAAAAUACAAGAAUGCUAACCUUGUACCACGCACAUAUAAUAAAUCCUGUCGCCUUCUCUGA